CCCCCAGAGGGGGAAAAAGGGGGGCGGCCCCGCAGCGCCUCACUCGCGCAGUCCCCGCGCAGGGCCGGGCAGAGGCGCAGCGCAGCUCCCCGGGCGGCCCCGCUCCUGCCUCGCUCCGCACCCGCGAUGGCUUCUCCUUCCAAGGCGAAGGAGGUUUUCUCCUCCGACGAGGAGGGCCCGGCGGCCGGCGCUGAGGAGCACCACAAAGUCAAGGUGUCCAGCUUGCCGUUCAGCGUGGAAGCCCUCAUGUCCGACAAGAAACCCCCCAAAGAACUGCCGCUGGCCGCGGCGGGGGGCAGCGCCGACGGGGCGGCCGUGGGCACCUCCAGGAACCUGCUGCUGCCGGGCCACGGCUCCCGGGACGCACACAGCCCGCCCGGGGCUCUUACAAAAACCUUCGACACCGCUUCGGUCAAAUCGGAGAACUCGGAGGACGGCACGUCCUGGAUUCAAGAGGCCGGGAGAUAUUCCCCUCCGCCAAGACACCUGAGCCCCACUGCCUGCACCCUGAGGAAGCACAAGACGAAUAGGAAACCCCGAACCCCAUUCACCACUUCCCAGCUGCUGGCUCUGGAGCGCAAGUUCCGCCAGAAGCAGUAUCUCUCCAUCGCCGAGAGAGCCGAGUUCUCCAGCUCCCUCAACCUCACAGAGACCCAGGUCAAAAUCUGGUUCCAGAAUCGGAGGGCUAAGGCCAAGAGACUGCAAGAAGCUGAGCUAGAGAAGCUCAAAAUGGCAGCGAAGCCCAUGUUGCCGUCUGGGUUCAGCCUCCCUUUCCCCAUCAACUCUCCCAUCCAGGCUGCCUCACUGUAUGGAACAUCCUACCCUUUUCACAGACCUGUGCUCCCCAUCCCGCCUGUUGGACUCUAUGCUACUCCUGUUGGAUAUAGCAUGUACCACUUGUCCUAAGAAGAUCAAAAAGACAAAGCGACAGUGAGACAGACUUCCUGGUGGAUCAUGUCCAGCCCUGAGAAGGCAGGACCCCAGCCAGUACUGGCCAUUCUUUCUGCACACUUUCUAUCCGCCACCCUGAGCGUACAGGAGUUUGCGUUAGCAAAGCAAGGCAUCCUGUAUGCUACGGGUUGGGUGUCUUCCGAGACACUCUGAGAGCUCAGAGUCUGAUCCUCAAAGAAAAAAAAAAUGUGUAAAAAACAAAGAAAGAAAGAAAAAAAACAUAAACAGGAAAAAAAAAAAGCAUUUGAGCAAAUGUAAGUUUUUUGUACAGUGCACAUAAAACCAGAAUAAAAAGGAAUAGGUGAAAAAGCAAUUUCAUCUUAGGGAGGCAGAGAUUUUCUGAUGCCUUCUUGAUGGGGCCAACGCAUAUUUAAAGUAAGAGGGGUGCAUGCCCUAAACCCACACUCUCAAGUGUCAUGGCUUAACUAUGGGGUCUGGGGGGGCGGGAAAUGAAAAGAUCUAAUAAAGGUUUGGUUGGUUUUGGUUUUUUUGUUUGUUUUGGUUUGUUUUUUUUUCUGUUUGUUUUGUUGUUUUGGUCAUUGUUUUUGUUUGUUUGUCUUUUGUUUUGUUUUUCUGUUGUUUUGAUUUGUUUUGGUUUUUUAAUAAGAAAACAGAGCCCUUAGUUAAAGACACCGUGUAAAUAGAAACUAGACCCAGUAGAGUCUGAGCAAUGUUUGGAACCAGCAAGUUCCUGCAUUUCUGGGGGUAGGGAAAAUUUUUGCACCCCAUACCUUGACAGAUGUUUGCAACAAGGUGAGCAUCAGGGGCCCUAAAUAUAGAGCAACAACUUCAUCCACCAUUGGCUCCUGUAAUGCCUUUGUCUGUAUAAACAGCUUCAGCAUUUCUAAAGCACUGUGAGGGGAGGUAAAGUGCAACGGAGGGUUAUUAGGCAGUCUGGGUCUUUAUCUCUUCCUGUUGGCAUACUCAGAAAUUUUUGGCUACAGCCAGGUAAUCUUGGCUCUGCAAUGUUAUUUGAAAACCAGAAGAGAGGGAAGGAAGCUUUCCGGGGAAAGAUGUGGGUUGUUUCCAGAGUGGUGGUGAGCAAAGGAUUGUUGAACACUUCUGGGAGAUGUUUGGGGUUUUUUAUUAGUAUUUGCAUCAGUCUGUAUUAAAUAGAAGAAUGCUCCAAGUCUUCCUCUCCUUCCCUUGCUAAGGAUGCCAACAUGACUCAUACUUUAAGCCCUUCUUAAGAGAGAUCCAGGUAUCACAAACAACUCUACUAGUAGGAUGGUGGGAUGCCAAGAGACUGUGUAACCUGUCUGUCCCUGCGGGAGCUUCCCAUGCACCGGCAGGACCUUCCCCAGGCUUCUCCUUGUAACUAUUGUAUUAUGUGUAUUAUUCUUGCUGAACUCUGUGAGAAAGUUACUCCAGAGCUUAUCCUGGAUUGGUUUUUAGCGUGUUGUUCUGGAAGAAAAAAGGAAACAAACAAGGGAAAGGGGGGAAAAAAAAGAAAAGAAAGAAAAAAGCCACUAGUUUUGGCUGGUUUUUGGUUGUUUUGACCCAGGCACUGUCGCCACCUGGGACCCACUAUAAGUGAACUUCCCCUCUCCCUUCCCCUCGUCCCUAAUCUUCCAUUAUAGGAAAGUCCCUUUGAAAGGGAUGCCUUGUACAAUUUUAUAUAUUUUAUUGAAGAUUUAUUAUUUCUUAUCUCUUAUUUCAAAUUAAAUUUUAAAAAAGAAAAAAACA